CAGUGGAGCUGGCCUCGGCACCGGGAGAGGCUGGACUUCCCGUCUCUCUGUGCUGAAUGGCUGCGAUGGCGCCCGCUCUCACUGACGCAGCAGCUGAAGCUCACCACAUCCGAUUCAAGCUGGCUCCCCCGUCCUCCACCUUGUCGCCUGGCAGUGCCGAGAGCAACGGCAACGCCAACAACAUCCUCCUGGCUGCCAACGGCACCAAAAGGAAAGCCAUUGCUCCGGAGGAUCCCAGUUUAGAUUUCCGAAACAACCCGACGAAGGAAGAGCUGGGCAAGCUGCAGCCGCUAGUGGCCUCUUAUCUCUGCUCGGAUGUAACGUCUGUUUCUUCAAAAGAGCCUCUGAAGCUGCAAGGAGUCUUCAACAAGCAGACAGUCCUUAAAUCUCACUCUCUCUUAUCUCAGUCCUUCUUGAAAACAAGUGAUCUGUUGGGGAGGCAACCGGUGUUGGAAUUCACUUUGGAGAAUCUAAAAACAAUGAGUACUAAUAGCCAGCCACCUCUCCCACAAGCGCCUGUAAAUGGCUUGGCCAAGAAAUUGGCCAAAAGUACCACUUCAGACCAUGAAAACUCUAGUUCUCUGAACGGUGGGAAGUGUGCUCCUCCUGCUGCUGCCCUCCAGGGAGUUGACUAUAAUGUGGGAGGUUCUGAAUUGGGGGAUUUGAAGACCGGGUUGACCAAUUGCAUUCUUCCACAUAGAAGCCUUGAUGCAGAGCACACAACUCCAUUUAGCAAUAAUAGCACUGCAAACAAAUCUUCCCUUAAUUCCACGGAGCAACAGCGAGUGCUCGAGGGUGGCGGUGGAGAGACUAGGUUGCCCGGUGUUGCUAGUCACACUGACUUUGGGAGCAGUAAGUUGGAGGAGCAGAAACCUUCUCUGUUGGCCGGUCACCACAGUGCUCUCGACUCCGAGAUGAGGACGAGGGCAUUGCUGCGACGGCAGGCAGACAUCGAGAACCGUGCCCGCAGGCUGCAGAAACGCUUGCAGGUGGUGCAGGCGAAGCAGGUGGAGAGACACAUCCAGCAGCAGUUGGGUGGCUUCUUGGAGAAAACUCUGAGCAAGCUUCCAACUUUGGACCCCCUGAGGCAUCGGAGCCAGCUGAUGUUGACCAGAAAAGCAGAAGCAGCCUUGAGGAAAGCUGCGAGUGAGACAGUUACUUCAGAAGGCCUAAGCAGCUUCUUGAAGAGCGAUUCGAUAUCAGAAGAACUGGAGAGAUUCACGGCCAGUGGUAUGGCCAACUUGAGAUCCAGCGAGCAAGCGUUUGACUCGGAUGUCACUGACAGCAGCUCGGGAGGAGAGUCUGAUGUUGAAGAAGAAGAACUGACCAAAGCAGACCCAGAACAACCCCAUGUACCACUGAGGCGAAGGGCAGAGUGGAGAUGGGCAGCAGACCGUGCAGCCAUCGUCAGUCGCUGGAAUUGGCUCCAAGCCCACGUCUCGGACCUGGAAUACCGAAUCCGGCAGCAAACGGACAUUUACAAGCAGAUCAGAGCCAACAAGGGGCUGAUAGUUCUUGGUGAAGCAUCACCCCCUGAUCCUGCAGUAGAUGAUGCGUCCCGUCCCGUUAGUGCUGAAGUUAAGCUGGAGCCUGGGGCUGACCGGCUGAGUGUUUGUGGAUCCCAGCCACUAGACAACUUGGGUAUUUCUGCUGCAAAUACUCCUGAAUGCCAUCCCGCGAAGCCCUGUGGAGCACCAAGACCCGUCAAUGGAGUUAUUAACACUCUUCAGCCUGGCCUGGCAGAACAUGCUCAGGGAGAUGGCCAGGAAGCUGAGGAGCUCUUGCAUAAAAAGCAACGACUGAACAUGGUUUCUUCAUCUUCGGAUGGAACGUGUGUAGCAGCUCGCACUCGCCCAGUCCUGAGCUGUAAGAAGCGACGGCUCGUUCGACCUAGCAGCAUUAUGCCCCUUUCCAAAAAGGUCCAUCGUAAUAGCCUGGCGCGAUGUAGCUGUGAUGUGAACCCUGCGUGUGCUCUGUGUGGCACUCGGAGCUCGACGACUCUGGAGAUCCAGUACGAUGCCCCUUUGCUGGAGCGCCUCUCCCAGCUGGACUCGUGUAUUCAUCCUGUCCUGUCGUUCCCAGAUGAUGUGCCCACGAGCCUGCACUUCCUGAGCAUGUUGAAAUCUCAGUGGCAGAACAAACCCAAGGAGAAAAUCAAACCUCCCAAAAAGCUCUCGCUCAAGCACAGAGCCCCCAUGCCCACCAGCAGCCUGUCUGACCCUGCUCGCAAGGACCGCCACAAGCUGGUGAACUCGUUCUUCACUGCAGCCAAGCGCUCACAUCAAAAAAUCCAACCAGACAAGGCACACAGGCCGCCUUUAGACGAUUUUACGGCCGUGUCCAAGGCCGAGAGAGUGCCAGAGCGCUCGCUUGUCCAGCCUCCUGCCUGUGACAAAAAGCGGUUGCGAGACUGCUCGUCUGAGAGGAGUGAAGUGUUGAAGCAUCACACGGACGUCGGUGGUCCAAGCUACUUGUCGGCAUCUGUGACCCCUACACCUCACAGCCCCAUAGCACGGCAACUGUCCACCUCCUCGGAAGGCUCCGCUCCUGCCGGCACGAGUUCACAGGGCACCUCCGGUGCAGCUCAGCCAAGGAGAAGGAGAGGCGAAAGUUCAUUCGAUAUUAACAACAUUGUCAUCCCGAUGUCCGUUGCUGCGACGACCCGUGUGGAGAAGCUGCAGUACAAAGAGAUCCUCACACCCAGCUGGCGUGAAGUGGAUAUCAGCGCUCUGAAGGUGAACCCUGAUGAAGACAACGAGGAAAUCGAGGACUUGUCUGAUUCGGCCUUCUCUGCUCGGCAUGGCAAGUGUGAGGAGAUGGAGCGGGCCCGGUGGCUGUGGAGCACGAGCAUGCCCCCGCAGCGGCGGGGCAGCAGGUACGGCUCCUCGGGGCUGCCCGGGGCUGCCCCCGCCGUGCAGCCCUGGGAGCGAGGCACAUUCCCGCUCUCGUACGACCCCCGGACGGAGUGCGAGGACCAAGCUGACCCCCAGGACCGGUCGUCGCGCUGCACCCGGCGCACGUCGGGCAGUAAAUCCUCCCGGGAGACCGACAGCACUUCUGCUUUGCCCAACCUGGCCAGCCUCAAGAGCCGACCCCCCCUGGUGACACCCUCCUCCUCCUCCUCCUCCUCCUCCUCUUCCUCCGCAGCAGUUCAGCGGCCAGCGCACAGAUAG